CCGGGCCGUGUUAUGCGUCUCUGUGGCGACAGGCAGCCUGGAGAGGAUUAAACUUCUAUACACACACACACACACACACACACACACACACACACACACACACACACACACACACACACACACACACACACACACACACACACCGGAAGUGACUGAUAAACGGUCCACUUUAGGAACAGAAACGUUCCUGUUCUUCAUAAAACAAACAAAAACAACAGUGUGUCUUACAGGGGAGAGCGUGAGUGAGAGAGAGAGAGAGAGAGAGAGAGAGAGAGAGAGAGAGAGAGAGAGAGAGAGAGAGAGGGGGAGAUGAGCAUGGCCGUGAGUAUUAACACUCAGGACGAAUAUGAGGAUGACUUUGAGAAAGAUCUGAACUGGCUGAUCAGUGAGGAGAGCAAGAAUAAUCAGCAGGAUGAAGAUGACAUUGAAGCCCAGAUAGACCGCGAGCUGGAAGAUGAGGAACAACAGAAGGAAGUUGACCAAGGGCAAAGUAAACACAGCACAGACGACGACGGAGAUAGCGAAAGAUGGCCGACGCCCAUGGACCCUUUGGAGGAUGAGUUAGAUAUCGACGCUGAAUCUAAACAUGAGCAGGAUGAUGAAGAUUUGGAAGAGGAGAAGAAAUCCAUCCAUAAGAAGAUCGAACAGGCCAACAAGCAGCUACAGGACCAGGAGGCGCCGGACGAGACGCGUCGCCGCCGUCUGCACUUCAAAGACACGCUGGUGGACCUGGUGGUUCCUGCCAGCGACCUGGAGGACAGUCCGGCAGAUGUUUCGGGCCACAUGCUGAAGCUAAAGAUCUCCACUCAGGAGGAAAGCGACGGACCAGACGGACACAGAGAGGGAACGAGAGAAGGACGAGUGCUGGUAGAGAAGGAUGGGAAAUUUGAUCUAGUGAGCCUGAAAGAAAUGGAGAGUCCCGGGCUGCUCCCGCCUCUCCCUGAGACUCAACGGGAACAAGGCAAGAGUCCGUCCUCUUCCCCAAAACCACUCUCCAGCUCCGGUUCUUCAGCCUCCUCCGAACCUCGCUACGCACCCAGGCCUCCGACACGACCGCGGGCACGUCCAAAUUCAGCCAGCAACAUGCAAAGGAUGGUGUUUAGACAUGGCAGCAAGCGUAGGGUUCAAUCAGCCAGCGGGGUUUCACCUCACAUCACAUUUUUCCUCUCGCCGCAGCAGAAAGAUGUGCUGAACAAACAACAGGAGAGGAGAGAGAAAAUCGCCAGAGAGGAAGAAGAGCGGAGGCGCGAGGAGGAGGAGCAGAAGCGCCAGGAGAACGAGUUGGCAUUCAGGUCGUGGCUGAUGAAGAAGAGGCAACAGCUGCAGGACAAUAGGAGAGUGCAGAGAGCUCAGGAGAUGGAGAGGAUGAGCGGAAAGAGGGAUUGUGGAGACUCCGAGGAGGCAUUUAAACAGUGGCUACAGAAGAAGCAGCAGCAGCAGCUGAAGGAGCGACAGCUGGAGGAGAUGAGGAGGCUCGAGAUGGAGAGUAGCAGCUACCUGCAUCAACCUGAGGAGUGUGAGAAAGCCUUCAGAUUGUGGUUGAGGAGGAAGCGGGUGGAGAAGCGCUUGGAGCAACAGGCUGCUCGAGAGCGCUCCCGCAGGCUGCUGAUGGAGGAACGACGGACCAGACGCAUGCAGGACCUCUACUACCCCGUCAACGAGAUCAAGUCCCUCCAUUUCAACCAGCCCUACCGCUUUUAACAUUGGCCAAUUUUAAAAUCAUCACUACCACUUCUAAUAUUCACCCAAUUCCAAAAUGACCAUGGUGAACACUUUUCUAGCUCCACCCCAUUCUCAAAUCACCAUUCUACACUCACUGCUACACCUCACAACUGAGCUCCUCCCAGUUCCUGGCUCCAUUUCCAACGGAUCAAUAAAAUCUCAUUCUCAGUGCCCAUGCUUACAGCCCUUUUUCUCCUCCCAACACUGUAUUCAACAUUACAAAUCCCCAGCUAAUACCCUUGUCACCAUGGCAACUAUUUCCAUCAUUAACCUUUACACAUAAACCCCUGUAAAAGUAUAUCUACUGAUAAUUUACCCAGAAUGUAUAUUUUUGUCCUUGUACUACACAUUACACUGUAGUACACUCUCCUAUUUAUGUUCGACAAAUGUGAUAUGUUGAAGAUUAUAUUGUGGAGUAAACUCUUAUCCUGUUUGAUGGGAAAAAAUACCUAGAUGUAUACUUAUAUUAAUAAAAAUCCAAGUACUAUUUUCUGCAGAACCUCUUCGGCUUGAUGUUUAGAACUAUUUUGGGGAAGUGGAGAAAUUAAAACGCGUCAACUAAGUAAUUGUUACACCAUUAAACACCUGCAGCAGAUGA